AUGCUUAUCUCAAGUCCUGUGUUAGCACAUUAUGACCAAAAACUUCCCAUAAAACUCACGGUCGAUUCUUCGUCAUACGCACUAGGUGCAAUCAUAUCGCACACUUAUCCUGACCACUCAGAAAGACCAAUUGCAUAUGCAUCACGAGUAUUGUCAAACAGUGAAUGCAAAUUUCCACAAAUCGAAAAAGAAGUUACUGAUCACAAACCGUUAAUCCACAUAUUUGGAGAAAAAAAAGGAAUACCAAUUUAUGCGGCAAAUCGCUUACAACGUUGGGCAUACGUUCUUUCUUCAUGGGCGUAG